AUGCAAGAAGCACAGACUAGCGGUGAAGAAGCUGGACAUAUGGAGUCUACCACCCAUCUUAGUGAGUAACAGUAUUGCUGAUAAAGCACACUGUAAAUAUCUUGCAAAAAAGCAGUUAUCUUGAAAUCAAAACUGUUAUUAUGUCAGUCAUCUUACAAACGAGAACAAAGAGUUUGACCCAUUCAACCUUACCAAGUUCCGUUUGCUUACAGUACGCUGAGUUUAACUUCAUAAUGGAUCAAGAAAUCUGGACUGUUGUCGUCCGUGACUGUAUUAUUUUAUAGUGUCAGUGACAAAAUUCAGUAUGUUACAUACACCAUGCCUCUUUGCACUCUGUUACUCUGUUGGCCUCCACACUUGCCUGCCUGCAGGCCUGCCAACUUAAAAAGUGUGUCUGGUUUUAGUAAUGGUAUUUAUUUACGGGGAUGGGACAUCAUUCCAUCACCAACCCCCCAAACCUGGAGAGCCAGAUGUUGCGGCAAUGGUUUAUGGUCACCUCACCACUAAAAGAUCUCGCCACCACAUAAUAACUCUGCAAUAAUCGACACUGUUUACUUACCUGGGAUUGUUGCUUCUUCCUCAAGACCAAAUAUAAUUCUAUCGAUUGUAAUUGACACCUAGCGUCAAACUUGUCAUAUUAAGUUUUAUUUUUUGUGAAUUAUUGCGACUUUUUAAUACCUUAAUACGGCUUAUUUGCAUCGCUCGAGAGGUGUGAUUUGUUUAAAAUCCAACAGCCUUUCUUAUGAAAGCUGGUUAAUAUUGUCACUUGAACCUUACCUCCUUAAAUUUCAUUGCAAAUUUAAAGUGAAAGAAUUCUUUUUAGAGACUUGUCCUUGUGGCGAUUACAUUGGUGGUGAGAUAGUCUGGUGGCUAGGUGACCGGAUACCGUUGCAAUAGACGAUAUUCGUAUUCCCCGACGGCCCUGGUACGAGAGACUUCACAGCAUGAUUGCGAGGCUAAAGCGGGGAACUUUUUGGCAAAAACACAAACAAACAUUGGUUAGUCGCGGCUGAAUCGCUGCAAAACGAUAGAAAUCAGCAAAAAACUGCAAGAUUUAAAAGCUGAAACCUUACAGGUAAGCUAAAGGGAUAUCUGUUUCAAAAAACAAAACUUCGGGAAGAGCUGGUCGUCCUAACAGCAAAAUUUAAAAAGCCACGAAACCAAAAGAAGAAACAAGAAGUAAUCUAGAAAAUGGUAUAUUGUGUCAAAAUAUCAAUACUCGAAUCCUUUUUAUAUAAUUUUCUUCUUAUAGAGUGUUUUCACAUGACAUCACGGCGGCCAUAUUGGUGUCCUAAAACAAUGAAACGGCGGCCAUGUUGGUGUCCCAAACCAGUCCUCUGGGAGUUGAACUCUUUUCUUAUGCAAACGCUUUCUUUUGAUCCAAUAAAUUUGCAUAGACGUUGACCACGUGAGUGAAAACACUCUAUUAUUAUUCUUUUUCUUUUGUGUGUAUCUGUAGUGUGGAGUUUAAACUGCUCAGUAUUAUCGUCUGUACCAAACUCAUUGUUCAACUGCGUGCAGGUUUUUGUACUCUCGCACAGUUGUUAUCGAAGAUAAUGUAACUUAAAUUUAAAAAUAAACUUUACCGAGUCAUCUUUGUUCAAACCCGUUUAACUUCCUUAAAAUGCACAUGGACUGUGUGCAGAACGUUAAGCCCCGUCCUGAUAAGUAAUUAUCCACUGAAUGAGUCGUUUGGUUGACUUCAAAUACACAAGAUUUUGCAUCCGCUCUGUUAGAAAAUUUCAACUGCAACUAGGUGUGAUAACAUCACUGUUAACUUUAUCGCAAGCUUUCGAUAAUCACGUCUAUUUCAAUAAAAGGUAUUCUUCAAAAAGUUUAAAGGACACUGAAAAUUACAAUAAAAUGGCUUCGGGGAGUUUGAGAACAUCUCUGUUUAUAUUACAUGUAAAUUAUAAACUCGCUCACCAAGCACUCUUCUCAUCAACGUAAUUAUGGUUAGGAUGGCUGUUUUUCUUAGUAAUAAUGACCAGAUAUUCCUUUUGUUGUUUGAAAUAAUGAUCUCUCAAGUAUUUAAGCCCUUAGCAACUUUACAAUGCUAAAAAUUUUCCUUAAAUUCGGCAAACUCAGCCACAGUUUUCUCAUAUUUGUUUUUCCUCUUGGCGAGAAGUUCCCCGCAUGAGCCUCGCAUUCAUGAUCAAGGCCUACUCGUCCCAGGACUGUCGGAGAAUACGAAUACUGUCUAUUCGUCUGGUCUUUCACCCAAAACCUUCCCAGCACGGUUAUAGCUACCACCCACCCGGAACCAAGGCCCCAGCUUGCAUAGCUUUCAAUUCAGGGUCAUCAAGGUACACAAACCUCCCCUCCAUGCAUGUUAAGGUGCAUCGCUUUGGGAGGAUUUUAUGCUAUGUGUAAACGGACACAACAGUGGUGGCCAACAACUCCCAGCACUGUUGGAUGUUACAUGUUGCGCCUGUUUACACACCCUGUAGCAUGUUGUUGUGAGUUGUUGCGCAAAGUUUGAAACCGGUCAAACUUUAAGCUACCAUAAAAUUCCUUAAAUAAGCCCUGGGGCUUAUAUUUUUCAAAAGCCCUUUUUGAGGGGCUUAUUUUUGGAAGGGCUUAUAUUCAGAGGGGCUUAUGUACAGAGGGAAAUUUGCGUUUCAAAAUGAUUGGGCCAGCCUUAUGGUUGGAAGGAAAUUUACCGUUUUUGCUUUGUUUUACUUUGUAAAGUUAAGGGUAAUUUCUUAUAUUUGGAGAGGCGAUUUAACGGAGGGUCUUUUGCGUUAUCUGUUUGGGGGGCUUAUAUUUGGAGGGGCUCAUACGUGGGAUGGGGGGGGGGGGGGGACUUAUUUUCGGAAUUGUACGGUAUGUGCAAACAGACUUAACAACUCCCAACAACGUUGGGAUUUGUCGGCCAACAAUGUUGCGUCCGUUUGCACAAGGCUUUACAUUUAACACCAUUUCUAUUCCACUGGCAGGUUAUCGACUUGAAGCGAUUUCAGUUAGUUAACAACCACUGGGUGAAGUCAAAUAAGAUUGUUCAGUUUCCCAUGGAAGGCUUUGAUCCUUCAGCUUUCCUGGCUAAGCCGUCCAGAAGUGGAACAUCAAGUGCUAUUACGUCAGAUGGCGGAGUCACCACAGUCAAUGUCAAAAGCAGUGAGGAACUGGUGAACGACGAGGAGACUGAGGAGAGGAAAGAAGCAACCACACGGCAGGGGAGUGAA